AUGCUUUAUACACUUGAAGAAGAGAUCAUGUCGUCUGCUCGUUGCGUGCAAUCUGAAUUCUGCAGUGAAAGAAGUUAUGAGAAUACUGGUCUAGAUCUCAAUUUCUGCUACUCCAUGCCACAAUUUUCUGCAUUGGAGAAUGAUCUUCCUGCCUGGUUUGAUCCAGAUGAAACGAGAAGCCACAAGAGAGUGAAACAGGGACCCAGUGCCACUGAAUCCAUUGGAAAUGGUGCUGGAUUAUAUGUUACUAGCUGUAAUAGCAAGACCAAUACAAACAGCUUGAAUAGCGUGCCAAGACUUCACUUCAGGGAUUACAUAUGGGCUUACACGGAAAGGUAUUUGGCAAUCGAGGCUAUGGAAGAAGCAGCAGCAGCCAUGAUGGUUGGAGAAAGAAAUGAAGUCAAGGAAGAAGAAGGCAGUGAUGGGAUGAAACUAGUACAACAACUCAUUGCUUGUGCUGAAGCUGUGGCUUGUCGCGACAAGACACAUGCUUCUGCAUUAUUAUCAGAGCUGAGAGCCAAGGCCCUUGUAUUUGGAACAUCAUUUCAAAGGGUUGCUUCGUGCUUUGUCCAGGGGCUCUCCGACCGGCUUGUGCUGCUUCAACCACUUGGAGCAGUGGGAGUUUUAGGCCCCCCAGCAAAAACAGUCAAUACUUUUGAAGCAGAGAAGGAUGAGGCCUUGAGCCUUGUUUAUGAUAUUUGUCCACAGAUCCAAUUUGGUCAUUUUGUAGCAAAUGCAUCCAUAUUGGAAGCCUUUGAGGGAGAGAGUUAUGUUCAUAUUGUUGACUUGGGUAUGACCCUUGGCUUGCACCAUGGUCAACAAUGGCGCAAUCUAAUACACAGCCUGGCAAACCAUCCUGGCCAACCACCUCGGCGCCUUCGAAUAACAGGUGUAGGAAACUCGGGUGAGCGCCUCCGAGCAAUAGGGGAUGAGUUGGAUUCCUAUGCACGAAGCUUGGGAUUGAACUUUGAAUUUUUGUGGGUCGAAAGCUGCCUAGAAAACCUGAAGCCAAAACACUUCAAACUCCAUGAUGGUGAAGUCGUAAUCAUCAAUGGCAUUCUGCACUUGCAUUGUGUAGUGAAAGAGAGCCGAGGAGCACUAAACUCAGUUCUGCAGAUACUGCAUGAGCUAUCACCGAAGCUUCUCAUUCUAGUAGAGCAGGAUUCAAGCCAUAACGGACCAUUCUUUCUAGGGAGGUUCAUGGAGGCAUUACAUUACUAUUCAGCUAUUUUUGAUUCACUAGAUGCAAUGCUGCCCAAGUACGACACGAGGCGAGCCAAGAUAGAGCAGUUCUUUUUCGCCGAGGAAAUCAAGAACAUUAUCAGCUGUGAAGGACCAGCAAGAGUGGAAAGGCACGAAAGGGUAGACCAAUGGCGCAGGAGGCUGAGCAGGGCUGGAUUUCAGCCUGCACCAAUAAAGAUGAUAAUGCAGGCGAAGCAAUGGCUAGGAAAGGCCAAGGUUUGUGAUGGUUAUACGGUUACAGAAGAGAAAGCAUGCUUGGUUCUUGGGUGGAAAUCAAAGCCUAUAAUAGCAGUUUCCUGCUGGAAGUGCUCCUAA